AUGAAACAAGAUUACAAGUAUUUUUCUUUACCUAUUAAUAUUUAUGUUGAAGAUACAGUUAUUAGUAAUAAAUCUGAUCAACAUUUAUCAACAGGAAGUCUUCAAUUAUUUGGUUUAAUAAUUCGUGGUCAUGCAAUACUUUCACAUGAAGGUUUACCACUGGAACGUAAAACACUUGAAUAUGUAUGGCAAAUGGAAAUUUUACUUGGUAAAAUUUCAACACGUUUAACAGUAAUUCAAACAGAAAAAAUACUUUGUUUUCUUAAAAAUUUCUAUUUACAAAUGAUCGAAGAUGAAUAUACAUUAAUACGUUCACCUGUUAUGGAUUAA